CAUAAAUUGUGUGAAAUGGAUCAGUUGUCGACAAAUGAAGUCAUUGUUUGUAUGAACGCUAUGUUAAGGAGAUGUGACACAGAAAUGAGACAAUCAAUGGACAGAUUUUGUGAUGAUUUGUGUCAACUAGUGUUGUCUUAUCUGUCACUCGAAGAGCGGUUCCGAUACGAAGAGGUGUCCAAACAGUGGCAGAGAGUUAUAUAUGAGACACAAACGAACCGGACUUUGAGAUCAAUUUCAGUGACGAUUGACAAGUGCUCUAAGGAAUCAAUGGCUGUACUAAUGAAGUGUUUGUCACAAAUGACACAAUUAGUUGAUCUCAAGAUUGCUGGCGAUUCACAGCCGAACUUUAAACCGACGGAUCAUUUGAAACAAUUGUCUAUUAAUUGCCCGAAACUCAAGAGACUGUCAUAUUCUAUU